GGGGUGGCAUUUUAAAUUUCAUGAAACAAAAGAAAGCAUGAGCUGAAAAUAACGUUUUCCCUAAUGGUAAUGAAAGAAGGUUAAAAAGCCCUUUCUGGGAAGUGGGUAAAGGUCCUCAUCUCCAAACUAAUUUGCACCAUCAUGAGAAUCUUCACAUGUGGAAGAUAAAACAUUAGCUACAGGCAGAAUGUAUAAACAAGUUGCUAUGUCAAGAAACUUUGUGGCAGAAGCAGAGGAGUUGGAUCUUUGACUUUAGAACUGAAAUCGACUCGAAAAUGUUCUUUCUUUCUUGAUCUCUCAAGAAGAAAACCUGGCAACAGCACUGACUGGAAAGAAAUAUCAGGCAACAAAGAAUUAAAUAAGACUGCAAUAUUGUUUAAGAAUGUAAUGAACCAGACUGUCAGGCUGAAGCCUUACAUCUUGAGGACACCCAAAGAACUUUCAAAUACCUGUUCUUUUAGCAUCCUUUUGUCGAAGAAAGUCUCCCUUUCUAACUUUACACCUGGGUGUGUGAUACUGCCUGAAAACUAUGUGCUUAUAUUUGCAUCUUUAUUAUUUUACUCGAGGUCCUUACAAGCGUUGGAUGUGCCCGAGUGUUUUCUACUUGAACAAGAAGAAUUGGCUCCAGAUUUGGAAAGUGGGCUGGGUUUAUCAUAAACAGCAGUCGGAGUUUUAGGAAAAGACAGAACAACAGGAUUGAAGUCUAAUCGUUUUCAGGAGGAAACCUCUCGGAGUUUGUUUUCCAGAUUUCGGAAUCUCCCCGACUAUUAAGAGAGGAUUGUGAAAUGUUGGAGAGAUUGAUCCUCUGUCUUAUUGCGGUCAGGGUGGCCCAGGUAACGGCAAGAGACUGUGGUAAUCCAGGAGAGAUUCUGAAUGGGUAUUAUAUGGCAGAUGCUACUACUCUGGGGAGUAAAACUACAUUUUAUUGUGACCAAGGUUAUCGGCUUGUUGGUAGCGACUACCGCUUGUGCACAGCAGAUGGUUGGGAUGGCCAGGUCCCAACAUGUGAAAUUGUUGAAUGUUCCCGUCCUGUCACACCUGCACAUGCCUACGUUGAAAGAGGAUUUGGACACAAGUACAAGUAUCAGCAGGAGGUGGUCUUCCGUUGCAAUGAAGGUUUUGAAAUGAUUGGUGCGAGUGUCAUUAAAUGCAGUGAGAAUAACAUCUUUGUGCCAUCGCCACCUAUUUGUAGAUUACCCGUAAAUUGUGGUGAUCCAGAAGAGAUUUUGAAUGGAUAUUAUGAAGCAAAUCAUAAUUUGGGAAGUAAAGUUAUAUAUCAUUGCAAUGAAGGGUACAAACUGAUUGGUAAUGACAGUCGGUUGUGCACAGCCACAGGUUGGAGUGGUGAGGUCCCAACAUGUAAAACAGAAUUUCCUCCAAUCAACAUUUUAAAAGAAAUGAUUGCAGUGGUCUGUCAAGUCGUCAUCAAGGAAGAAAAUAUGAUCAAGGCAAAAUACCAGCUGCUUGAAAGUGAACGUGAAAUUCUUAAGUUGAAGGAAAACCUUCUUAAAAAGAUGGAGCAGUAUGUGGAUGAAAAUAAUCUGUAAACUUUCUGAAACAUUAACCAAUAUCAUACCUGUUUCAGUUACUAAUCCCAUAUUGUAUAUCAAAACCAUAAUCACAUUAAACAACUCAAAUGAUAAGUUUAUGAAUUUAACCUGUUCUAAUUAAUUAUAAUAUUAGAAUUUGUUAUUUGAAAUAUUUGCAUUUUUCUAUGUGGUCUACGCGGAAUAGUUAGUAUGGAUUUAACAAAAGUGAGGAAUGCACAUCAAGAGUGUUUUGCUUUUCCAUAAAUAAAAUUUUGUAUAUGUUUGUAAUGCUUCAAUUUCAUUUCAGAAAAGUUGAUCUUUUGAAAAUUGUUACUCCCUUUGGCUUUAAUUCACUGACAGUGGCUGCAACACAGUGGAAGACAAAUUUGCAAUCUGCAUUUAGGCUUAUGCCAAGCUGCUAGAACAAAGCCUGACGAAAACAAAGGCAAUUUAGUAAUGAUCCAAGGCUGUUGGUAGAGUUUUGAUGAAAACAAGCCUAACACACAUGCAGAAUGUCUAACCAGGUGGAUGGCUAUAAUAGAACAAGAGUUGCAAAGAGGUAUUAGCUUGAAAGUAAUUACUCAAAAGCCCUUUAGUCUUUGGAUGGCUGCUUGGAGACUGGAACAUAAAAACCUUUUUUAAAAAUUGCAAAAAAUGGACUAAAUUUUGCUUCACCUUAAAAAAAAUAAAUUGAGGUGGGGAUCAGGACAGAUUUGCAUCUUCACUGCUUGUGUGGAAAUUUGGUGAAAUGGAUUAUAUACAAAUAAGAACUUGCCCAAUUUUCAUUUAUUUGGAAUCAAUGGAGUUCCUGAACAAGCAGAUGGCUGGCUCUAUCAGAUAACUGUCCAGGGAGCAAAGUCACAAGUCUAUCACAGUUAAAAAUAAAACAUUGAAGUGUCAUUCUCACUUUCUGAAAUGAUGAUGAUAUCUGCCAGGCAUUAUGAUUUGUGUGUGCUCAAAUGACUCAGCAGGCCAAUCUUGAAACCGAACAUUUGGGCAGAGGACAUGUGUUGCAGUUAGUUGGAAAGAAUAAUGCCACACAUAUACAGUUUGUUAUAAUGUCAAUUCUCCCCCUUUUCAAUUAGCUCUUCAGAAUAUCCUUAAAGCAUUUUAUUUCUGUUCACAAGAUUGGGUGUCUUCAUUAAGUUGUAAAGAGACUAUCUGACAAAGUUAUGUAUUUUGAAUAAAUAC